GAACAACAGUUUCGCAGAUGAUCACGUGAUCGAAGAUCGACUUCUUCGUUUGUGGCCACGAGGUUUUGUGGUGAAAAUUAAGUUUACCGGGUGGAAAAGGCCCUCUAUUUUUGUAUUUAUACAAAAAUGUCCUCCAGCAAUCCUUUGCCACCCAAAGAAAAUGCCUUGUUUAAGCGAAUUUUGAGGUGUUAUGAACACAAACAAUACAAAAAUGGGUUGAAGUUUGCAAAGCAGAUCUUAUCAAAUCCAAAAUUCAGCGAACAUGGAGAGACUUUGGCGAUGAAAGGUCUGACUUUGAACUGCUUAGGUCGCAAAGAAGAAGCAUACGAUCAUGUACGGCGAGGUCUUAGGAACAGUUUACAGUCUCAUGUAUGCUGGCAUGUUUAUGGGCUGUUACAGCGUUCUGAUAAGAAAUACGAUGAGGCUAUCAAAUGUUAUAGAAAUGCUCUUAAAUGGGAUAAAGACAAUAUCCAAAUCCUUAGAGAUUUAUCUUUACUUCAAAUUCAAAUGAGGGAUUUGGAAGGAUAUAGAGAUACAAGAUAUCAAUUGUUUAUGUUACGUCCAACACAACGUGCUUCUUGGAUCGGUUUUGCUAUAUCUUAUCAUUUAUUAAAAGACUAUGAAAUGGCGCUUAAAAUUUUAGAUACAUUUCGAAAUUCACCUAUGAUUUGUUAUGAUUACGAACAUAGUGAGUUGCUGUUAUAUCAAAAUAUGGUUAUUCAAGAAUCUGGAGACAAUGAACAAGCUUUAAAACAUCUUGACAAAUAUCGAUAUCAAAUUUGUGAUAGAGUGACUUUAAAAGAGACGUAUGGUAGGUUAUUUCUUGUUGCUACGAUUCAUCACUAUCGUAUAUAUCGUUUUUAUAUACAUUUAACGAUCUUUUAUUCAGGUAAACUCAGACUUCAGCUUCAACAGUAUGCAGAAGCAACACAAGUUUACAAAGAAUUAUUAAAUAUCAAUCCUGAAAAUACUACAUAUUAUGCUAAAUUAGCGGAGGCAGAAAGACAUGAAACGCCAGAAGAUACAUUGAUCAUGCUCCAAAGAUACGAAGAAUUAUUUCCUCGUGCGUUAGCACCAAGACGUUUACAAUUGAAUUACGCUACAGGAGAUCAAUUUAAAACAUUAGUCGAUCUAUAUUUACGACGAGGUCUUCAUAAAGGGGUACCACCGUUAUUUGUUAAUCUUCGUUCGUUGUAUAAUGACAAACAAAAAGUUGAGGUUAUUCAAUCUCUUGUUCUGGAAUACAAGGAAGCGUUAAAAGCUCACGGUCACUUUAGUAAUCAAGAAAAAGAUAAUCCACGAGAACCGGCGUCAGCUUUAUUAUGGACUUAUUAUUAUUUAGCUCAACAUUAUGAUUAUCUUGGUCUUACAGAGAAAGCGCUGAACGAGAUUGAUGCUGCCAUAGAUCAUACGCCUACAUUAAUAGAACUGUUUGUUACCAAAGGACGAAUAUUUAAGCACGCUGGGAAUGUUCAAGAAGCAUACAAAUGGUUGGAUGAAGCUCAAGGAUUGGAUACUGCUGAUCGAUAUAUUAAUUCUAAAUGUGCCAAAUAUAUGUUACGUGCGAAUUUAAUAAAAGAAGCUGAAGAGACAUGCGGAAAAUUUACGAGAGAAGGAGUAUUAGCGAUGGAAAAUUUAAAUGAAAUGCAGUGUAUGUGGAUACAAAUGGAAGCAGCACAUGCUUAUCAACGUCUUGGAAAAUAUGGAGAAGCAUUAAAGAAAUGUCAUGAAGUCGACAGGGUGAGUUACGCAAAAGGCCGGUAUAAUAUUACAGUAUUAGACCUUAAACAUUUAUGUACAAUUUGCGUAUUAAUCAUUUCGUAUUGUUUACAGCACUUUUCGGAAAUUAUAGAAGAUCAAUUCGACUUUCACACAUAUUGCAUGCGAAAAAUGACAUUAAGAUCUUACGUUGGUCUCUUGAGGUUAGAAGACGUUCUUCGUGCUCAUCCAUUUUAUUUCAAAGCUGCAAAAUGUGCGAUGGAGGUUUACCUGCGUUUACACGACUAUCCUUUGCCAGAUCCAACACAGACACAAGAAAUCGAUACGGAAAAUUUGGCACCGUCUGAGUUGAAGAAGCUUAGGAACAAACAAAGGAAACAACGUAGGAAGGCAGAAUUAGAAAGACAACAGGCUGCGCAAGCUCAAGAAAAAAGAGAACAACAUAACAAAUCUCGACAACAAACGGAUCCUGAUUUAGAACAACCUACAUUGGACGAACUUAUUCCAGAGAAAUUGGAAAGGGUUGAAGAUCCUUUGGAACAAGCGAUAAAGUUUUUACAACCACUUCAGGAUCUGGCAUCAAAUAGAAUAGAAACGCAUCUAAUGGCUUUUGAAAUCUACAUUCGUAAAGGUCGUACUCUGUUAAUGUUGCGGUCAAUAAAGCGUGCUCAUAGGCUGGACGCGAAUAAUCCAGAUCUCCAUACGUGUUUGGUGCGAUUUUUAUUAAAUACAAGUCGUUUGUCGUUGGAGGGUGCGGUAGGUGAAGUUGUGAAGCGACAGACGGCAGACAUAUUCUCAGAUUCGACGGCGGUACAACUGAAUGCGGAAUACUUGAAGAAAAAUAGGAACUCUCUGCCGCAUUUGCUUCAAGGUGCAAGAAUGUUGUACCUCUUAGACCCGUCGGCUCAAGCGAGAGCCUUGUCUCUUGUUACGAAUACGGAUGAACUUGAAAAUGUGACGCUUAAGAAUUGCACGAAGGUGCUCGAAUCAAUGCAAAACGGUGACUUUGGUUACUGCGAUAGUACGAUAGCCGAGUUUAUAUCAAAAUGUCACAAACUUUUCCCUUAUGCUACUGCGUUUCGGCUGCAGGAAACAAAACCUACUGCCAAUCAUCAAGACAAGGAGAAUUCUAUUAAGAACUGAUCCAGGUACGCGCUAUCUAGCGUCGUAUAACUGGCUUGCUACGUAGUUAGGCGAGGCAAUCGUGAGAGGUGAAAUAUCGAAACUUAUCGAUCUACGUCGAAAGAUUAACAAAAAAAAAAUUAUUCAAUUUAGGAAUUAACAAGAGAGAGAGAAAGAGAAAGAGAGGAAGAGGGAGAGGGAGAGCGAAAGAGAGAGAGAGAGAGACAGAAGAAAAAGGAAUUGGCGAAUAAUCGAUGAAACAAGUAGCGACAGCAUGUACCAUAGGUCAUGACUGUUCCUAGAAAAUCUUCAACAUGUAGUGUAAAACAGUGAAUGGAACAGUGGCUGGAACGGUGCUGGAUAAAGAAACUUAAUCAAUUGUAAUACGACGAGACGUGACGGCACCGAGAGACUCCUAUACGGUCCCGAAUUUUAAUAUAAUUUAACAGAAGGACUGGCAUAGAUUAAUAUUAUAGAAGAAAAAAUAUAAGAAAAGAAAGAAUGAAAGAAUUGGAACAAAUUGAUCAAAAUGCUCUUUAUUUGUCAAGAGCUUUGCGAUCUUAAAUAUUACCGUAAGAGGACUGGCUAAAAGUGAGGAAUAUUAACAGUGUACUGGGGGGUAGGGAGGGGGAACGGGGAGCGGUGCAGUGUAUAAAAUAAGACGUGCAAGACUAACAUAUUGGUACAAAGAAAAAAAAACAAACAAACAAACAAACAAGACUUGUAUACAUUCAUAACGCGCGCGCUUAAUGAGUAUUUCUACUCGAAUAUUAAGGGAUAUACUGUCUCCAGCGAUGCCUAAAUAUUAUACUCUACUAUGUAGAGUCCGCGAAAACUUAGACUAUCAUCGAGCAUCGAUUAAAACUGUACCAUGCAUGUCCGUCGCUGCAGUUGGAUGGACCUUGUUCCAUAUCGUAUAAACUAACUAAUUCUUCUGGUUCGUCUCACAUCAUCUUGUGAACUGGUUAAAUCAAGUGAAUAUGCGAUAUUUCUAAUGUUUUUUCUUCUCUAGAAAACAAAAUACACACACACACACACACACUUAGACAAACAGACAGACAGAUAGAUACACACAGACACGCUUGCACAAGCAAACAAACAAAAUACACACGCGUUUGAUUAGUUCGUUCGUUCAGGGUAAUGAUCUGCGUUUUGAUUGGAGACCCUGAUGAUAUUCCAUCGAACAGUUUAUUAAAUGAAAAGUAGUUGUGCUCAUCUACGAAAGUCUCUGUGAAAGUUACUAUUAAGAAUCAUUAAACUGUGCGUAUUGUAUACGCAAAUUACCAAAGUAUCUUAUAAAUUGAAAUCAAUAAGUGUCGAUAAACGAAUAUCAUGCA